CCUCAGGUGUCUGAGAUGCCGCCGCCACCCCAGAAGAAACGCUGGGAGUCCAUGGCCAAGGGGCUGCUCCUGGGCGCGCUCUUCACCAGCUUCUUGCUGCUGCUCUACUCCUACGCCGCCCCCCCGCUGCACGCAGGCAUGACCUCCUCGCCGCAGGAGGACACAGCACCCUGUUUGCCACCCCCAGAGGAGUCAGAGCCAGCACCAACCAGCAAUAGCUCUGCGUGCCAGCCUCGCCGCAACAUAGUGUUCAUGAAGACGCACAAGACAGCCAGCAGCACGCUGCUCAACAUUCUGUUUCGCUUUGGCCAGAAGCACGGGCUCAAGUUCGCCUUCCCCAAUGGCCGCAACGACUUCGACUACCCGGCCUUCUUCGUGCGCAGCCUGGUGCAAGACUACCAGCCUGGCGCCUGCUUCAACAUCAUAUGCAACCACAUGCGUUUCCACUACGACGAGGUGCGGAGCCUCGUGCCGCCCAAUGCCACCUUCAUCACGGUGCUGCGCGACCCCGCGCGCCUCUUCGAGUCCUCCUUCCACUACUUCGGGCCGGUGGUACCCUUGACUUGGAAACUGACGAGCGACGACAAGCUGGCCGAGUUCCUGCAAGACCCCGAACGCUACUACGACCCCAACGGCUACAACGCGCACUACCUCCGCAACCUGCUCUUCUUCGACCUGGGUUAUGACAGCGGCCUGGACCCGCGCAGCCCGCAGGUGCAGGAGCACAUCCUUGAGGUGGAGCGCCGCUUCCAUCUGGUGCUGCUGCAGGAGUAUUUCGACGAGUCGCUCGUGCUGCUCAAGGACCUGUUGUGCUGGGAACUGGAGGACGUUGUCUACUUCAAGCUGAACGCCCGCCGCGACUCAGCCGUGCCCCGGCUCUCGGGUGACUUGUACCGCCGCGCCACGGCCUGGAACAUGCUGGACGCGCGCCUCUACCGCCACUUCAAUGCCAGCUUCUGGCGCAGGGUGGAUGCCUUCGGGCGCGAGCGUAUGGCCCGCGAGGUGGCCGCCCUGCGCUGCGCCAACGAGCGGAUGCGCCGCAUUUGCAUCGACGGAGGUCAGCCCGUGGAUGCGGCCGCCAUCCAGGACGAGGCCAUGCAGCCCUGGCAGCCCCUGGGUGCCAAGUCCAUCCUAGGUUACAACCUCAAGAAGAGCAUCGGGCAGCGGCACGCGCAGCUCUGCCGGCGCAUGCUCACGCCCGAGAUCCAGUACCUGAUGGACCUCGGGGUCAACCUGUGGAUCACCAAGCUCUGGAAGCUCAUUCGGGACUUUUUGCGGUGGUGACAUGCCCACCGCGC